ACUGACAUAAGUCAGACGUCGAGCGAAAGAAGCUGCUUCUAAGCGAAUGAGGCUCAUCGAUUUUUGUCGAAUUUUUGUUAUUUGCAAUCGAUAAUUUGAGUUUUCGCACAACAGAGAGCAUCAGUGAUAUUCAGAGUGCAUUUCCAAUCGAUUUGCUGUACGCUGAGACGUUCAAAAAACCGUAAAAAUGGCUAUGACAUCGUCGCAAGUGAAGGCAAGGGAGCAGCAAAACAAUAUGGCCAAUCUUGCCGGUAGUGGAACAGGAUGGCCGCGAAGAAAUAGUCAAAAUAACGCCGUCACGCCCGUUCCAAACCCAAAUUUCGAGGUGAAACCGAAUUUCGAAGUGAAGCCACAAUUUCCUAUCACACCAGCCAUUAAUCGCAUCAUUAAUUUGUAUCCUUUGACAAAUUACAUAUUUGGAACAAAAGAGCCUCUUUUCGAAAAAGAUCCCAGUGUUCCGGCAAGAUUCCAGAGAAUGAGAGAUGAGUUUGAAAGGAUAGGCAUGAGGCGUAGUGUUGAAGGUGUACUUUUAGUGCAUGAACAUGGCUUGCCACAUGUUCUGUUGUUGCAGUUAGGAACUACAUUUUUCAAACUGCCAGGUGGAGAGCUGAACCCUGGCGAAGAUGAGGUAGAAGGGUUGAAAAGACUACUCACAGAGACCCUCGGGCGCUUGGACGGCGUCAAGCAAGACUGGCUGGUGGAAGACAUCAUCGGAAACUGGUGGAGGCCCAACUUCGAACCUCCUCAAUAUCCGUACAUCCCGCCGCACAUCACCAAGCCGAAGGAGCAUAAGAGGCUAUUCUUAGUACAACUCCAGGAGAAGGGUAUUGUAUUUUAUGAAAAUAUCGAAUAUGAAGAAUGUAUCUGUAUGUGUAUCUUGACUGUUUUGGCUAUUUUUCAGCAGAUGGUGAUUUCAAAAAAAAAAGUAUCUGUAAGCGCCCGAAAAAGUAUAAAAACGCCAGGCCGAACGCGUUUGUCGGGUUAAAGACUGCGUGCUUAAUACACAGGAUGCAUUCAAUCUGAAGUGUUUGAAGACAAAAGAAAAAGAGCCAAAAUAGCUGUAAUUCUGUAAAUUACGUUUUACAAUUCAAUUGAUUCUGGUUCUUAUUUAAUUAAGAAAUACCGAAGAAUACAGAGUUACCAGUCGAAAAAACAGAUUUUGCCUCGGUGGCCGAGAUCUGGUACGAUCACCCGUUCAUUACCUGCCGUAAUAGUCCAGGAAGUAUCUUCGCAUUCUGAUUAGAUCUGUUGGACUACCUUAAUGAAAACGAAAAACGGUUUUUGGCGCAAUUUUAGGUCUUUCAAUAUGCAGACUCAUUAUAAGGGAGUUUGCGAAAAAACAAUCAGAAUAUUUUUCUAACAGAUGCGAAGAUACUUCCUGUACUAUAACUACCCAGAUAGUCGAUGGCCGGCAUCCGAUCCCGUCGGAAGUAUGUCGCGUGACUGUUGAAUGUGUGACUUUUUGUAGCUUUGUUGAAUGUGUUCAGUUUCGCUUUACCUUGUGAACAGUUUUCUGCUGAUCAUUGUAUUUCACUUUAGACACAAGUUCGGAUUUAUUUUCAAUUCAAAUAUGUCAAAAGGGAUAUAGUUGCUACCAGGCAAAUAGGGCUAAUCCUAAAUGGAGAACCUUAAUCGUCUAUGGAUUUAUCGAAAUAAGUCAGAACAAAGUACCAUCGGUCACCGCGAAAGUGAAAACAUUUAGGUCAGAUCAAACGCUAUUUCGCGAGUGCCCGUUCUGCUGGCAACUUUGUAUUCUUUGGAAAUACCUUAUUCGAUUUCCUUGUAUACGAAAUAAUUUUUCUAACUGAACCAGGAUCAAAUGAAAAGAUAACUCCACAAUUUAGGCAUUGUUUACAUAGAUUAUCUUUUGUGAUCAUUUUUCAAUAAAUACACAUAAACAGUGCUUAUUUUUUCAUCAAUUAUAAACUGUGCAGGGAGUCCCAUUUUGGUGAUAUAAAAACAUGCCAACAUGCUUACAUCAAAAGUAAAGCCAAACACUAAAUUAUUACAACACUGUGCCCAGUAAAAUUUGGAUAAAUUACUUACUGGAGAUUGACAUGUUUUUAUAAAUAUGCACUACUGUCGUAAAAGUCUAAAUAAUAAGUUUUAUGCUGUAAGAUUAUUUAGAUAUCUGACCAUUUUUAUUUUAUGAAAAUGCGUUUAGAGUAGAAGUAGACUUGUAGGAUAAUGGUUUUUUUUCUGAGAUAUGCCUUCAACUAGCACUUGUAAUGAUAAAAAUUAUUAUUCAAACAAAAGAUUCGACAUGAAAAGUUUUUAAUACCUUCUUAUCAACCCGAUAUUUGAGGGCAUACUUCCAUACCCUACACAUGGAAAACGUUCUUCAUUCAGAUAAGAAUUGCUAAGUUUGCUAGCUUUGGGAAUUCGUUACCUAUAAUUCAGCAGUCAGUCCCACUUUAAUUUUCUUGUUAAGAAUAUAUCAUUGUUCUGUGUUAUGAUGGCAGUAAUUUAGUGUAGUUUCCAGUUUUUGUAAAAAUCGCUUGUCUCAUUUCAUUUUGGAGAAAUUUUGAUAAGGUAUACAAGGUCCUAUUGCAAUCUCUCCUAAGUAUUUCUAAAACUGCUCGUUCGAAAAAGAAGUUCUAAACAAAAGUUUUUAGGGGGUAAAAUGAUAGUGACCCUAUGACCUUUAAGGUCCUUUCAAGGUCAAGCAAAUCUCCCCUUUUCACGUCGGAAUUGGUUAGAGGAACAAAUUUUACGCUCAGACAUUUCCAUGGCCUUGACCAUUGUCUUCAAGGUUAAACUGAUGAUGACCUUGAUUACGACCUUCAUGGUCAAGCGAACCCUCUUUUCCUCUUCAGAAUUGGUUAGAGGAGUAAAUUUUACGUUCAAACAUUACCUUACCGAUAACCUUAACCAAUGCCUCCAAGGUCAUAGUGGUAUUGACCUUGACUGCUACCUUCUAGGUCGGGCGAACCUCCCUUUUUCCAUCGUAAUUGGUUAUAGGAACAAAUUUUACGCUUAGACAUUCCUAUGGCUUUGACCAUUGUCUCCAAGGUCAAAUGAUGCUGACCUUGUCUAAAAUCCUCAAGGUCAAGCGAACCUCUUUUUCAUAUCGGAAUUGGUUAGGGGAGCAAAUUUUACGGUCAAACGUUGCCAUGGCCUCGACCAUUGUCUCCAAGGUUAAAAUGAUGAUGGCCUUGACUACGACCUUCAAGGUCAAGCGGACCCUCUUUUUUCACAUCGUAAUUAGUUAGAGGAGCAAAUUUUACGUUCAACGAUUACCUUGGAUAUGACCUUGACCAUUGCCUUCAAAGUCAUUACAAGGCCAAAUCGACAAAUAAAACAAUCUGCGCUAGCAAAUACGUUCGACAGCACAAUUGUGGGAUUUGAUCACCCCAAGGUGAACUUGGCUAUGACCUUAGCCAUGACCUUCAAUGUAUUUAAAGGAAACCUCUAAUUUUUAUACCGGAAAUAGAAAAAGCAGGAAAUUUUACUUCGGAAUAUGGUCUUUUCCUGAAAUAACAUCGACACGACCUUGACUUUGUAGUCAAGGUCACAGUCGUGCUCAAAUUUAACCGGCUUUCCAGUUUCAAAAUGAUAAGUUUCCCAAGGAUAUUUUGACUUGACCUUGACAGUCAUGGUCAAGGUCGCCUGUGGUUGAUCCUACAAAAAUUGGAACAAGUUUUUUUCGUUUUGAAUUGACCUCGAAAUGGCCUUAAAUGGAAUAUUCAAGUCAUAGCCAUUUUCGGACGUACAAUUAGCUCCUCUAUUCAAUUCUGAUGAGAAAAAUGGGGGUUUCCAUUGGAAAUUAUUUGUUUGGCCUUGAAGUGACCUUGGACGUUGUAAUCAAGGUCACCGUCAUUUUGCCCCUCAAAACCGUGUAACUAAUUUUUUUUCUCAAAGGCGUAGUUUUCGAAAUUUUUAGGUGGGAAGACCACAAUGUGACAUUGAUUUUUGACCAGGAGAUUCUAGAAGACAUCUUACAAUGCUGCUAAAAUAUGGCAUUAUUCGCCGUACCCAAAAACUACAAGCUAGUAGCAGCACCGUUGUUUGAGUUAUAUGACAAUUCCCAAGGUUAUGGACCGAUAAUAUCGUCAUUACCGCAGGCGUUAUGCAGGUUUCAAUUCAUCUACAUGUGAUUGGCAAAUAGUACAAACAAAGUUCUCGCAGCAUACGGUGGUUACAAUGGGUGAUGUUAGAAAUACGUCAUUUGGUCAGAAUCGCAACGUUUGCAUAAUAUUAAGAUCUAUAUGUAUUCUUUUUAAUUAAAAGAGACCAGUUUUGUAUAGUUAACAAUUAACUAUUUUAGUGCUAUCACUAAAACCGUUUUCUGACAAAAAAAGUGUACGUAAAUGUUUGACCAACAAAUAAUAACCUUCUUUUUGAUGGACUUUUGACAAAAGACAGCUCACUUUACUUUACAUAAUUGUUUUGUCGGGGACGAUUCAGUUAUUACAUAAGCACUAAUCUACAUGACGAUUAUGUCAGCAAUACCGAAUUUUUUUUACUCAUUCGGAUUUUCUACAAAAUUUAGGUUAUUUUGUAUUUGAACACAUAUGGCACCCUGUAUGUCUAUGCUUCCUUUUCCUGGCAAUGAGGGUGUUAAUAAUUGAAAAAAGCUGCUUACAACGUUCCCGUGGUAAAAUUAAUAAGUUUUCUUGGAUCAAUUUUAAUUUGCAGCAAUUAUUUUUCUGUAUUUCCGAUUCUUCAGUCAUGACAGAACCACCUUGAAUUGCAAUAAUUUUUUCUGAUUUUUAGUGUGUUUGCUCAUUGUUCCGCAAACUUAUUUUCUUAUCAUUUCAAUGAAUGUUGCAGAGAUACAGGGUGUUAAAAAACAUAUAACGCAAAAUUUAAUCAAACGUUUAUUAUAAUUACAAAAAUAAAAUAUUCCAUUUAUGGAUCGUCAUAUUUACUUUCAGUUUCAAAUAUAUUUUAAAUUCACCAAUUUUGUUAUCAUCGGUAUUUCCCGUCUUUUGCCUAAAUGUCAUCACGAAAAAGGUUUGAUUAUCCAAACUCGUCGAUUUCUCUAUAGUAUUUUAGUACAUACGUGUAUAUUAUUCAAAGAAAUCUUAGAAGUAAGAUUUAAUGUUAGGGCUUUUGUAAGUUGAAUGCAAUAAAGAUUGUGUUUUUAUUUUUUAUCUGAUGCUGA